AUGCCGCGGGCUGCAGGACUGCUGCACAACCUGGGCCAGGCAUCAUCAGAACUUCAAAGCGAGUUCUUCGGUGGAGUGAAGGAAAGCUCCAUGACAUGUUGCUGUGGAGGGAGGAUGGCGAAGACGACCACCAAGGCGUACCAAGACCUUGAAGAAGCCGAGCGAGCUUUGGCAUCAGCUGCGAACGGCGAAAAUCUCGACGGCCGGCCUUUGGCGGAUGCUGGAGUCAGAUCCGAAGAAGCUCGAGCGUAUUUGGAUCCGUUGACGGAAAGAGGACCCGCAGAUAUUCUUGAGAGAGAAGGCCCCAUAGACGCCGAAGAGGUAGACUCUGUGCAGAGUGCUACUACCAGGACGGACUUUCCAAGUCCUCCCGGGGAGGGCUCGAUGCUGCCAGUGCUUCCAGUUAUGCUCCUUGCAGGCAGGCAAGCUCCAGACUUCUUCUGA